AAAAAUUCAACAUGGCAGCCUCCAUGGGAAUAAAUAGUGUGAAAUGUUGCUUUGUGUUUGUCAAUCGAGCACUGGCAUGCUGGGGUAAGAGGCAGGUUAUAAUGUCAUUUUCUGGCCCACAUUUACUGAGAAGAUGGUACAGCAGUAAACGCAAUGUCUUGACGCUGAGUGAGAGAGGCGUCUUCCAUGACAUCUUCCCUGAAGCAAGUGAUCUACCCAAGUUGCUGACUUCUGAACCUCAGUGUAUUUACUGUGGGUUUGACCCUACAGCAGACAGUCUCCAUAUUGGUAACCUUCUAGCCAUCAUUGCGUUACUGCAUUGCCAGAGGGCAGGACACAACCCUAUCGCUCUGAUUGGUGGGGCAACAGCAUUGAUAGGCGAUCCCAGCGGAAAAACAAAAGAGAGAGCACCCCUUCAGUCUGCAGUGGUACAGUCCAAUGCAGCCUCAAUCAAGAGCAGUCUGGAGAGAAUUUUCACCAAUCAUGAGAGGUUUUUGUGGCAGGAGGACAGGCCACUGCCUCAAAUCAGAAUUAUGGACAACCACAGUUGGUACAAAGAUCUGAAUGUUAUCAAGUUCUUGUCCAGUGUCGGUCGUCAGCUGAGAAUGGGCAAGUUGCUUUCAAGACAAAGUGUCCAAUCUCGUCUGAGUAGUUCUCACGGAAUGAGUUUUGCUGAGUUUUCCUACCAGUUAUUCCAGGCCUAUGACUUCCUGCAUCUGCACCGCGAGUAUGGCUGUCUCAUCCAACUUGGAGGGACAGACCAACUCGGUAACCUGAUGACUGGUCAUGACCUGGUCCAAAGGGUCACAGGCAAGAAUGUCUAUGGCAUUGCUAUCCCAUUAGUGACAAGUUCAUCAGGAGACAAACUGGGCAAGACUGCCGGAAAUGCUGUCUGGAUAAAUGAGGACAAGACUUCGCCCUUUGACCUCUACCAGUAUUUCUUGCGUCUACCCGAUGCUGACAUUGAGCGAUACCUCAAGCUCUUCACCUUCUUACCACUGAAUGAGAUUGCUGAUAUCAUCAGACUUCACAAGAAAGCACCCAAGAACCGCAAGGCCCAAAAGAAACUAGCAGAGCAAGUGCUGUUACUUGUGCAUGGAGAGGCUGGUCUGAACAGAGCACUGAGACAGACAGAAGCCUUGUAUCACACCAGCCCAGCAAGCCUAGAGCAGCUGAAUGAUGCAGAGGUCAUGGAACUCUUCCAAGGAGCGGCAGUCACCAGCCUCCUCUUGGAACCAGGCUUCAGUAUAGAGAUGAUGCUGGACAAAGUCAAGUGUCUGCCCCAAGGAGAACGAGGCAAGUUAAUUCUACAAAGUGGUGGAGUGUAUAUCAACAAUCAACGCAUCACAGAUGCCUCACUGGUACUGACCAAAGGUGACCAUGUACUCAACAAUGGUCUAACGCUCAUCAGAGUAGGGAAGAAGAAUUACUACAUAGUGAAAUGGGUAUGAGGGCAGUCGGCACCCAAUUCCUGGAGGUCUUUUUCAAAUGUCCAUGCCAAUACCUAAAUGCAUUCCCUCCACGCUAGUGUAAAUGAUCUGGACCACGGUUCUGGGUAAGCCAGCUACAAUGGCUUCACUAUUUCAGCAGAGAAUGCAGUUGGGUGUUUUGAGGUGAAAACAAGAACAGCAAAGAUAAAGGUUUACAUGAUAAGGAAUAUUUAUCUGAACAAGGGUUGGCCAACAUAAAAAUAAGUUCACCAUGACAUUAUUCAAAAUUGUGUCUUGAACUGAAACAUCUUUAUUCACACUUUUCUUUCCUUAAUGAAGGUUAAUUUUUGUUACAACAUAUGCUAAUUUGCUGUCCACAACAUGUUAACCCCUUAACGCUGGGACUUUUUUCUGAAAGCUGACUCCGAGAAUUCCAGCCUCGCUUGGCCACGAAGGCCACCUGCCAAACCGCAAAU